CUCGGGGCGGAGGCUCCUCGCAUGUGAUCGACGACGGGCUCGCGCAGGGCGGGACGCGGCAGAUCCGGCGGGCAGGUGUUGCUCUCCGAGGAGAUUCCGGCGCGCAGAGCGGGGCAGGAGCGAAGACCCGGCUCUCCCUCUCGGCCGCGGCGGAUUGCGCGCGGCUAGGGGGCGCCACUCGCCCGCUCCGGUUUCUCUCUCGGUCUUAGCCCAGGGACUUGCUCUCGAGGGCAGGCAGGCAGUGGCGGGAGAGCGAGCUGCCGCGGACGCUGCUUCCUGGCGGGCCGCGGGAGCCGAGGAUGUGGCGGUGGGAUGCGCGGGUGACGACGCUCUUCAAGAGGAACCUGCAGCCCACGCUGACCUACUGGAGCGUCUUCUUCAGCUUCGGCCUCUGCAUCGCCUUCCUGGGGCCCACCCUGCUGGACCUGCGCUGCCAGACCCAGAGCUCCCUCUCGCAGAUCACCUGGGUCUUCUUCUCGCAACAGUUCUGCCUGCUGCUCGGCAGCUGCUUGGGAGGCAUCUUCAAGAGAACGUUGGCUCAGUCUCUGUUCGCCCUCUUUGUGUCAUCACUUGCGAUCUCUGUGGUUUUUGCCAUCAUCCCAGUCUGCCACAAUGUGGUGGUGCUUGCAGUGGUCAUGGCCGUGGCUGGCCUGGCCAUGGGCUGCAUCGACACCCUCUCCAAUAUGCAGCUGGUGAAGAUUUAUCAGAAGGACUCUGCUGUCUUCCUACAGGCCCUUCAUUUCUUUGUGGGCUUUGGUGCCCUGCUGAGCCCUCUGAUAGCCGAUCCUUUUCUCUCGGACACCAACUGCAUCCUGACAAACAGCACGGCCACUGGCAGCAGCAACCUCCCUCACAUCCGGAAGUCGUUCGUCCCCCAUCAUCCUGGAAACUUGUCACACUACGACCUGCCAACAAAAGGGCUGGUGGUGACGCGGGUGUCUUACGCCUUCUGGAUUAUGGCUUUGAUCAACCUCCCAGUCCCCUUUGCGGUCUUCCUGCUGCUCUACAAGGAGAGGCUGGUGCCUUGGUGUCAAAGCGGCAGCCCCCCACUACUGCCUGCGGAUGAGCUGGCACUGGAAACGCGGAUAGCCGACCGGGAUGACUCUUCCACCUCCUCGCCAAGAACUCAGCCAGAAAUAGGGCAUGAGGACCUCUUCAGAUGCUGCCAAAGCAAGAACUUCAUAGGAGCUCCUUGCUCUUACUUUGCUGUCCAUGUGAUGGGUGCCCUUCUCCUCUUUAUGACCGAUGGGAUCCUGGGCGAGUAUUCUGGGUUUGUGUACAGCUACGCUGUGGAGGAACCACUCUCCGUAGGACACAAGGUGGCUGGUUACUUGCCCAGCCUCUUCUGGGGAUUCAUCACUCUGGGCCGGCUCAUCUCCAUCCCCGUGUCCUACAGAAUGAAGCCAGCAACUAUGGUUUUCAUCAAUGUGCUUGGAGUGCUUGUAACAUUCUUCCUGCUCCUGAUCUUUUCCUACAGCGUUGUCUUUUUGUUUGUGGGGACUGCCUCCCUGGGCCUGUUCCUCAGCAGCACUUUCCCUAGUGUCCUGGCCUACACUGAAGACAUUCUCCAGUACAAAGGCUGUGCCACUACUGUGCUGGUGACAGGAGCAGGUAUUGGAGAAAUGGUUCUGCAGUUGCUGGUAGGGUCGAUCAUUCAUGACCAGGGCAGUUACAGUUUCCUAGUGUGUGGGACCAUCUUUGGAGCCUUUGCCUUCAUUUUCUACAUCUUCCUUCUGUUUUCCCACAGGAUGCACCCUCAACCCCAAUCAGAUCUGGAUCUGUCACCGGACAAGCCACCACCAUCAAUGGAAGAACCUGGACUUUAUCAGAGUUAAAGGAAGCCGUGAGUUUGUAUUUGGAUCAAGCACACCGUCACACCAACCAAAAGAAAGAUUUGCUCUUACCGUCUGGUUUAAAACUACCUGGAUUUUCUAUUCUUAGACUUGUCGGUUACAACUCAUUCACAUCAGCCAGUCGGUCCGUCACUAGAGAAGAAUCACUGUAGCAAGAAUGAAGACUAGAAGGGCUGGAAUCUUGACAUGUGAAAGUUUAACUCCUCUGGUAACCUCCCAUAUCCCUUCAGGAACACAGGCAGUGAAAGGUGUAUUCCUGUCACUUUAGAACCUUGGGGGUGGCGGGAGCCUUCCUAAAGUUCAUUCACUGCAAACCAAGAGGCAACUGUAGAUAUUUCUAAUUUGAUCAAGUUGCAAAAUGUUUGCUGCAGCAUUAUGAACUCUAUUCACUGAUGCUGUACAACAGGCAUCCAGAAUUUUAUUUUUUAAAAAAAUACUGCAUCACCCAGGUUGAAGUAUUCAAGUUUUGUGCAUCUGCAGAUGGGAUUUCACAUGGCGGAAAUGCCAGGUCAGUGGGAAAGGUACAGUGAAACUAAUGGUGGGUUGAGUUCAGUGGAACCAGAAUAUACUGACGGUUCACAAUUAGUACAGUAGAAGGAACAGGAGACCUGUAGGCUACUUCUGUUGAUGGGACAGCUUUACCCAUGAAGUAUGAAAAUUUUGAAGUACAUGAAGCCAAACAUCAAGUCUCUUCCAUUUGUGCAAUAUAAUGAGGUGCCUUCCGGAAGCAGAACUUGAGAGGUACUGAAUAUUAAGAAGGCAGCCAUGUUCUUGACUGUUCUAAAGAGAGAAGGUAUUGGGAUAGUUUAAAACUUAGCUUUAGCAAACUUGAGCUGGCUUUGUUGCAAUUUCUGUCCCACAGAUAGAUAUACAUGUGUGUGUAUAUAUAAAGGAAUGUUUAAUGUGAUUGCUCUUGUCGCAUGAACUCGUGGAGUAACUAAGAUGGGACCCAGCAACUUCACUCAAGUAGAGCUAUUUCCCCCUAGAAGCUUGUUGCACUGCUCAUUUCAAAAUUGUGCAUUAUACUGAAUUUUUCUGUUGUCAUUUGACUUCAAUUGCUAUGUUGCAUGGGUAUGCACCCUCAUCUUUGAUUUCCAUGUUGUCCAAUCCUUAAAAUAUACCCGCCUUGAUUACA